AUUAGGGCAUAUCUCGAACAAGAGCGACAACGAUUCGCAGUGCUCAAGACCCUACCAGAGCCGAAUUUUCGUAACUUAAGACAUAACUGGGGCAGAAUCCAGCCGGUCGGAUGGAAGGAUCUCUCCUGGAGCUUGGAGAACCCAUCGGUGACGCGAUCUCGAGGAUCCGUUUCGCCCCAAGAUCCAACAAUUUGUUGAUCUCUUCCUGGGAUUCCGUUCUUAGAUUAUAUGAUGUGGACAGAUCCGUGCGCAGAUUGGCAGCUCCUUCCGAAGGGGCCCUUCUCGACUGCUGUUUCCAGGACGAAAUGGCUGCCCUUUCGGCCGGUUCGGAUGGCUGUGUUCGAAGGUACAAUUUGUGUUCAGGGGCUCAAGAUGUAGUGGGAAAGCAUGAUGAUUCGGCCACCUGUAUUGAAUAUUCUGAGGAAACUGGUCAAGUCAUUACCGCAGGUCUUGACAAGACAUUAAUGUUCUGGGAUAUGCAAAUGGGAAAUGCAAAUAUUGGUUAUACAAGAAUGAGAGAUUCAGAUAUUUGGUCUAUGUCACUAUGCGGGUUUUAUCUAUUAGCUGCUGUUGGAAUAUCAGUAAUUGUCUAUGAUUUGAGGAAUUUGAAAGGACCUGUUCAAUCAAAGGAACCCUCUAUGGACUUUCGUGUAAAAUGUGUUCGCUCAUUUUCUAGCAACCAAGGUUAUGCUGUUGGAUCAAUUGAUGGAUGCGUUGCAUUGAAGUAUUUUGACCCUACAAAGGAAUGUGAGAUGGGAUGUAUUUUCCGGUGUCAUCCAAAGUCAAAAAAUGGAAGGUAUCAUCUGGUUGCUGUGAAUGAUAUUGGAUUCCAUCCACGCUAUGACUCCUUUGUUACUGGAGACAAUGAAGGAUAUGCUAUUAUCUGGGAUGCUCAGAGCAGGAAGAAAUUGUUUGAGCUCCAAAGAUAUCCUAGCAGUGUGGCGUCUUUAUCAUACAACUACAGUGGUCACUUUUUGGCUGUUGCAUCCAGCUGCACAUUCCAGGAAGCAAAUGAAUUGCUUGGAAAGUGUCCACCUCCUCUUCUCCGAUCUUUUUGGAUCUCUUGAUUUCGGCGAGAUUUUGUUGAAUUCUUGAUCUAUUCUUUGUUUUCCUUUUUUUUUUCUCUCCUUUUCUUUGGUUUAGGGAUCAUGUCGGACGAGGAGCACCACUUCGAGUCGAAAGCCGACGCCGGGGCGUCGAAGACGUUCCCGCAGCAGGCUGGGGCGAUCCGGAAGAACGGUUACAUAGUUAUCAAGGGAAGACCGUGCAAGGUUGUGGAGGUUUCGACCUCGAAGACUGGGAAGCACGGUCAUGCAAAAUGCCACUUUGUUGGCAUAGACAUCUUCACUGCAAAAAAGCUUGAGGACAUUGUGCCCUCGUCCCACAAUUGUGAUGUUCCCCAUGUUACUCGUACUGACUAUCAACUGAUUGAUAUAUCUGAGGAUGGUUUUGUGAGUCUUCUGACUGAAAACGGUAACACCAAGGAUGAUCUUAGACUCCCAACUGAUGAGUCUCUUCUUUCUCAGAUCAAAGAUGGGUUUGCGGAAGGGAAAGAUCUGGUCGUGACUGUGAUGUGUGCCAUGGGCGAGGAGCAGAUUUGUGCACUGAAGGACAUUGGCCCCAAGUAGCAUCUUGGUUUUGAUCAAUAAUGGAGAUUUCUUAUAUUUGAAGAUAUAUGGGUGGUUACUGUUUCCUUGGCAUGAACCAUGGGCAACGAUGGAUGAACCUUGCCCAACCGAUCUCAAAAAAUCUCCUUCCAUAUGGUCCCACUGCCUUAAUAUCUAUGUUUUAGGUAUUGUGUUUUUUUUUCUGCCUUUUAUCAGUACAUUGCUUGAAAUGCUUGUAAACACAAUGAUUUUUUUUUUGGUUCUUUUGUUGCUUAUGAUGCCGUUUCUCUACUUUUUUACGGAAUGUAUUUUGCAAGAUAUAUCAUGUCUUCACAUAAGUUAUUCCUUCACAAAUUUCAUUA